AUUCAAGCUUACACAGGAGACCAUCGAUGCGCUUAUUGAGUACCACAAGGACAUCUACUCGGUUGAUGUCUCCGCCAGCACCUGGGAGUGGGCUGAGAAGGAGCAACAGUUGAAGAAGCUUCAGGAUGGAUUUGUCCAGGCCGUAAACCGCUACGUAUUCCGCACUGGUGUCAAGGCUCUGGAAGGUCUGGAGGAAGAAGGCGCGGGAGAACUACUCGAGGGACGAGGUGAGGACGUCAAGAGCGCCAUCAUGGGAUUGUUCCUCCCCCUUCUUCCCCCUCCUCCCAGGAUCGUCGAUGUCGUCCGACCAGCACCCCUCCUCCCAAGCUCGACUGCCUCAGCCAACUGGUGGGUGCCAACACAACAGAUGCACCCGUCGCACUCUGCCCCAGUCGAUGCCUGGAGGGUGGUUCCUUCGACCCCCAGCCCUACCAUUGCUACCUGCGGUGAAACUGGACCUUCGUUCUGGAGCACCAUGGGAACCAUGGGCUUCGAGGCCAUUCAGCUUCCUUCGCCAACUCCUUCCUUCAGCCAGCCAUACAACUCGACGAGCCCCUACGCACAAAGUACCAGCCCAUAUGCGCCAAGCACCAGCCCGUACACUUCGAGUUCGUAUUACAGCCCGCCCCCGGCAUCGGCACCAAUCCCAGCCCUUCCUCUGCCGAGCGUCUUGGCCCAGCAAUGCGGGUCAAGCGCCGUCCACGGAGGAUUCGGUGGUUUUGGAUGGGAUACUGGAUUUGCACCACAGUACGCAGCCUUCACAUAA